UGGUUAUCGGUUGGUGUUAACUCAGUUCUUUACAUCAUGUGAACCUAGGCAGUGUCGCCGACAUUUCAAAGUGCACAGUACUAUAUUAAAAAUAUUCCAACCAACUCAGCUUCCGCAAAACCAGUGCUUCAGUGUCAAUCAGCAACAACACCCAAUACAACAACAACAACUUAUGCAGCAACAGCUAAUGAUGCAGCAGCAGCUGCUGACGCAGCAACAGCAAAUGAUGCCAUACCCACAAGCACCAUUACAACCACGGGUAAUGUUACAGCAACCAACAAUGCCCCAACAGGUCAUGCAACAAUCCCAACUGUACCAGUACAAACAAAUCAAUCACAGUAUACCCCACAACAAUCGUCCAACGUGCAACCAUCAUCCAUCACGUCCCAGCGCACUAACCAACAUGGAGACAAAAACUCGANCAGUAUACCCCACAACAAUCGUCCAACGUGCAACCAUCAUCCAUCACGUCCCAGCGCACUAA